GAGCAGCGUUCGCAGCGUGCAAGUUGAGGCGGCGUGUGACUCAGACCUACUUUACCCGCGACAAGUGUCCAUCCGCAGUGAUCCUGCGCGCUCGGUGGCUGUUGCUGCGUUCGGUUGUUCCUCGAAAUGAAAAGUGUGCGUUGAUCGAGGAGUGCUCGUGCGGUGUUGUUUCUUCGUUCUACGUCGUCGAAGUCUUGUGCAGCUCGGAUUACAAUUUCGCGAUCGUCGGAUCUACACGUGCUCCUUGUGCUCUCUCUCGAGGUGUGUUUCUGUGCGCCGAGCCGCAUAACAAUCAACUAGAGGAAGACGCGCGCCAGCGGGCUACCGACGUUUGGGGUCGUGAUUUCACUACGGCGUUCCCGUCGGGGAACUGGUGCACUUCGCUAGGCCUCGCGACCAAGAAGAGAGUCAUUCGUGAGCGAAAGUGAGCAGCCACAGGGGCUCGGCGCAAGUCGGAGAAGCAUGGAAGCCAUCGCGAAACACGACUUCACCGCGACGGCCGACGACGAACUGAGCUUUCGCAAGGGCCAAGUGUUGAAGGUGCUGAACAUGGAGGACGACAUGAACUGGUACCGGGCUGAGCUAGAUUCCAAGGAGGGCCUCAUUCCUAGCAACUACAUCGAGAUGAAGAAGCACGACUGGUAUUAUGGACGCAUUACACGAGCCGACGCAGAGAAGCUGCUGUCGAACAAGCACGAGGGAGCCUUCCUGAUUCGCGUCAGCGAGAGCUCACCGGGUGAUUUCUCCCUCUCAGUUCGCUGUGGUGACGGUGUCCAGCACUUCAAGGUUCUACGAGACACGAUGGGCAAGUUCUUCCUGUGGGUGGUGAAGUUUGCCUCGCUCAACGAACUGGUCGAGUACCACCGGUCGGCUUCUGUCAGCCGCUCCCAGGACAUCAAGCUUCGCGACAUGCACCCCGAAGAGGAGGCUAUCCCCGGAGUGCAACCUCAGCCACGGCAUCAGCGCGUAUUGACACCGCUCAAGGUUCCGACAGGAAAUGACCCUGCCCAGACAGCUAGACUUGGAGCUGGUGGACAGGAAGACAAGAGCCAGUGUUUGGUGCAGGCCAUGUACGACUUCCAGCCCCAGGAGUCUGGGGAGCUGGAGUUCCGCCGCGGCGACAUCAUCAACGUGCACGACCGCUCGGACGCCAACUGGUGGGAGGGCGAGAUCGGCUCGCGCCGCGGCUACUUCCCAGCCACCUACGUGGUGCCUUACCACACGUAAUGCGCUCUCUCAACGAGGCCAACACAUCCGCGCCCCGCAAAAGGCACCGCUGCUGUCACAGUCUUGUUCCCCCUGCACAGGCCCCCCCUUCCACCGUGGGGUGCCAGGGGCAGGGUGUGUUGUCCACCAGCUGCACCGCACUGGUGAUCUGAAAUUCUGUCUAGCCAGCUGGCCCAAGGGGCUUUUGGUAUUCUCGAAUCGUAGUGCAGCAAAAAAAUGGUGCAAAGGAAGAAACGUGCAUACAUGGGGGCUACACUCAGACUUAAGGUUAGUUACGAAAGACGACUGUGUGACUUUGUAGGACAAACUUUCUGCAACAAAACUUUCCUUGAACUUCAGGUGUGAGUGUAGUGCUGGUCUUUGCCCGUUUCUUUCAUCUUGUUUCUGUCAUGCUACAACUUGGCAGCACGAAUUGCAUAUGCCAGCCAGGCCCACCAGUCAUUAUUUUUCAGCAGUGCAAGGGGCCUUUUCCACAGCCCAUUGUAGUUGUGGCACCGAAAAACAGGUGGCCACGACGCCACUUGUUUGCUCCCAAGCUAAAGACGCUGACAGGUCGCCAUGAGUGUAGAUCUGUCACAGUCAUGAGAAAUGCUGCGAGUGUCCCUGGACGAUUGCUGGGACCAGUAGCGUAUCCUUGUUUCGAUUCUUCAUGCUUUUUUGUUUCUCAAUGGAGGACUAACGCCAGGCCAGCUGUCCCCCUCCCCUCCUCAAAAAAAAAAUUUAAUUUGGUCGCAGCAGCUGGUUGCAUAUUAUAUUCCUGCAGAGCUGUGGCCAGUAGUAUUUGUUGCCACUUUCGAACUGAAAUGUUGCAGGCCAAGAUCAGAGUGUUAUCUGCAAGAGGAACAACUUGAAUGACACGUGAAUGCACUGGGUGUAUUGGGUGUGGCUUACACCAGGUCACUGCCCUCUCUGAUUGUGAGGCCCUUCCAAAUUUUUCUCUCCAUGUUUUAUUUUGUGCACAGUUUAGCCAUCAUGUGGGCCAUUCUGCCGAAGGGAGGAAUGCAUAUCCUGCUCUGGGGCAAACGCACCACCUCCUCCUAGUUGCAUUCUGAGCUUCGGAGAGCGUCGCUGGGCUGCUAGCUUGUGACAGCUGCUCACUGCUGUGACCGAAGCAAGGUGCAAGCAUCACUGUCGACGAGAGGGCGCUCGUGCCACACAAGGGCGACAUAGCUGCAUACGAUGCAACAAUCGCCGUACAUUGCACCGGUCAAAGAUUUUCUCACCCCUUCUCCCCUCCCCCCAUGAUGAAGGUCAGUACAGCUUAUCACCUCAGCCGGCAUCAUGCUACGCUGAAUUACGCCCUGUGCAGCCACAUACACGUUAUCCCGCCUCUCGGAGACGGAUGUGAUGUGUGUUGGCGUAAGUGCGACGUCUCGUGCCAAUGCUUGUCGCAGGUGCCUUCUCGCACGGAGGCUGUGGCACAUUGAACUCUUGCCCGGAGUUGUGCUUUCUGUGUAGCUAAGCGUACGCAGCUGCACGGUGCAAAGAAGGAGGCCCCCAGAAACACUUGCACACACUUGGCAGUGCAGUUGGAAAGUCUGAUCACGGCGAGGAAUGGCCGUAGCUAUACUGUGAAAUGAGUUGCGAGACACUGGCACUUGACAAUGUCUUAGCAGCCCCUGGAAGACACCAUGCUUCAAAGGGAAAGUUUGGUAAAGUUUGGUAAAGGAAAAACUAAGUAGUCUGAAGGAGUCGACUCUGCCAGCUCUGGAAAACGCAGUUUAUAGCCAGUGCUCAUUAGUUUUUUUCUCCUUUCUUUUUAUCGACGGGGUGGCAACUACUUGCAGCACAUUCUUAUCUGCUUUGUGAAAUUGUCGUGUGAUGUCAGCAUUGUUACAUUCAAGAAAGACGCAGUGAACACUGCUGCUUUUCUGGGUUCCGUAUUGCUUCAUUUGCCAAGGCACUGCGACAGUACGGUUAGUAGUAAGGUCAGCCGGCUACUGUGCCAAGUCACGAGUAGGCCAUUCCUCUUGCAAGUAGGCGGGUUCGCCCGUGGCAUAGGAAAAGACAAUCCGGCACGCAUUGCGAUGAGCACUUUUCGUCAUUUGGAGGAAGCAGUAGUCCGCUCACUUUUCUGACGCAUCCUGUGAGCUUCGCAUCAAGUGAGGCCUCGUGCUUUAAUAUUUGCCCAAAAGCACGCUGUCUCUAUGAAAGUCAGUGGAACCAGACGCCCUGCUGUCGGGAGACUUCUGUUUUAGUCCACAAGAUGAGUAUUCCUUGGGAGGCCGCCAGAAAGGGGCUACCUUGGCACUGCAUUGUCUCAAGCUGCUGCUGGCGUCGUGAGCCAGCUUAAAGAAAAAAAAAAGUGCAAGCCUUUCUUUAAGUGCAGUGUUACAGCUGUUGUUUUCUGCCAGCACUGUGUUCGUUUUACCCAACUUCACGGAGUUGCUUGUGUUUGUUGCUUUUUCGGGAGUAAAAUUUGUAGGCAACUCUAACUGUCCAUAUGUGUAGUAUACUUGUGGCUUCGUUCCACUUGCGAAGCUAGCAGAAUGUGUAGCAAAUCCUCUUGGUGGUGCCAUCUGUCGACUGGGUGUUGCACAUUUUCUUGCAUGCACAAAUGGCCAAAUGUGGCAUAGAAAUGUAAUAAAACGAAAGCUUCUUCGCAGCAUUUUGAAAGGGCUGCCUUCAGAUGUGCGAACAGUUGAUUUGUGUCGUGAGCCUUGGAGAGCUUUGCAGAUCUCUUUGUGCAACUUGCAGAUGUUCUGUGCGGGAAAAUUUUUGUUUAGCCCAAAUGGACUUAUUUCUUUUUUGCGUUACUUGCAGCGGCUACGAACACGUCAUUGCGGUGGUGUUGCUCAUGCAUUGCUGUUGACACUGAGCACGCUGAAGUUUAGUCCCACUUUCGUCGUCUGUGCGAUCCACAUAAGGCCUUCAUUGGCAGCACAGCUGAGGCUGGUCUCCACGCAGAUUGUGCCUGGAGAGCUGCUUGUGUCUCUGCUUUUAUCUCGUUAUCAGCUGCAUGGCUAUAGGACAGUGAGCGUAGCGCUGUAACGUUACCGUGCAACUCAGAGUAAUUGUCACAUCUCUCAUCAGUGCUACACGAGUUGGGGUUGUCUUUUUUCAGCCGUUGCUCACCUACCACCCUCCAUUAUUUUUCUUUUUGUGGGGCCAGGGAGGAUCCUCUUUUUCUUGCUCCAUUGUUCUCUCUGUUUCUGUUCUCCUUGAAUUGCAAAGAUUGUUUUGAAGUCACUUCUUGUUUUUGCCUCAUUUAUCUUCCGUUCAAAGACAGCAGCGUGCAAGUGAAAAGUGUGUGUUCGUGUGUGUGUAUAUAUGCUGCUAAUUCCCCCCCCCCCUUCCACUUUCGUCUUCUUUCGAACCACACGCACCAUUAUUGGUCCGAGCACCGUAACGAAAUCACAGACAUGUUGCGACCUUGGGCCAUCGUAGCACCACUUCUUCAAUACAUCCCAAGGCAUGACCAGGGGCUGCCGUCUCGUUUACUCUAUCUGCCAUCACAACUGUCGCCUGCUUUACUUCUGUUCUACCACCUUGGCACUGCUCCCUCACUAUAGGCCCUCGACUUGGCUUUUGGCUGUGUGGCCGGGGUUCCUGAGGCUUGUCUACUCCUUCCCUCACCGUCUUGGGACACGAGGCAAUGGCCGCAGUGAAAUGUGUCGUCUAGUCAGCCGUCUCCCUCUCCUGCAUCUUUUGUGUGUCGUUCCCCUCGCUUGUGCAUUGCCACCUGCGGCCAUCACUGCCUCGGCAGCCUCCAAGCCCGACUCGAACGUGAGCCAGGAAAGUGGCAGGGUAUGGCAUCUUGAAUGGUGAAAUGGUGCAGUCCUCCCUGGCCUCCCUUGAGGCUCCUGGCAUCCCUGUGGUGCUCCACCAGGCACAUUCAUCAUCAAUUGUUUUUGCUCCGAGCUUCUUUGUUGCUUCAGCACAAACAGUGCAAACUUUCACUGAGGGCUUUGCAGGGUCAUUCUAUUUCUCCAUUGUACUGGGAGUCAUGAAUAAAUUAGGUGUUUAGCUUUCUUUGGUGUACCUCGUGAGCAUUGUUGUCUGCACUGAAUUUGCCGCAUGUGCUUGGCACGUGAACUUUUGCUGUGGGUGGUCCACUUGUUGAAUCACGGUGGAACCUGGCGAACCAGUGGUAGUGACGUUCUAGACUCUCACAAUCAUAUGCCAGGCCAGUUUAUUGAGUCGCUGUCAUGCUAGCGCGGAUGUUUCGUACAGUUGUGACUGUGUGAAAUGUGAAGGGGCACAUUCAGGUCAGAGAAGCAAAACCCAAAGGCUGGACAUUUUGUUUGUAUGUUCGUGUGUGUCACAUGGUCCACUGUUCCUUGUGCAUAAAAACCAUUUUCUGCUCUGUCGUACAUCGACAGAUGGAACUCUACUGCCCUACACAGUAGCUGGUGUAACUGGCAAUGCACCUCGAAAUGGGAUCAGUGUGCGUGUUACUAACUUCUGUAUUCUGGGAAAAUGACUGGACUGCCCCAUUCACAUUUCAUUUAGACAACACUGUAUGUUAAUACAUACACACAGUACAGCAUUUAAUUCAUUUUUUUUUUCUUCCCUACCACGUAUGUGAGGUUUUGUUACUGCAGGCAUGUGAUGAAUAACAAUGCUGGGCCUUACGCUCGCUGCUUUUUACACUGUAAACUCAAAGCAUACAGUACUUUUUAGGUAGUUGAUGGCUUGCUCUGUUUAAGGUCUGUUUAAGACUGGCCUAGACUGAUUGGUCAUGCCACCGGGGAGCUAGAGAGAUACAGAUGCCAUCCUGUAUAUUGAGGACCUCUUUUGGCUGCUUUUUAUAUUGCAUGUUUCUUGUCUUCUUUUUUGAGUUUCUGUUAUCUGUUUCUUUCGUUUCCUGACUUAUAUUCGCUAACUGCCCAUGACGGCUGCCCCCUUGCUUCUCAAACAGACACAUCUUUAGCAAUGUCUUCCAUUGUUUUGUCCUUUUGUGUGCACAUGUUUUUGUCCCACAUUAGACACUCCUGCGGUCACACAUAUACAUUUUAUGGUUGGAGGUCGGGUGCGGAGACAUGGCAGGUAGACGGCCAACCUUAUUUUUUUUUUUAUUAUUGUAACUUUGUUUUGUACGUUUUUGUUAAUGGCUUCGUUGUGCAGUUUCACAGAUUCAGGCCUCUCUUUCUUUUUUUUCAUUGACUCCUAAUCUUUGAGCAUUCAGCCUCUUUCCUAGUUGAUCAAAGUGCUCACAGAUCGUUCGAAGGCUGCAGACUUGUUCAUGGCCAACGCUGUGGCCCUGUGUGAGUGUGUGUUUCUGUAUCUGUAUCUUCAGUCUUUGUGCCACAGUAAGCCUAGGUGCUGCAUUCUAAGCAGCACCCAAUGCAAAGUUGCACCACCUUUGCUGGUAUUUGUCCAAUGUAAUUGACUCUUAAGUUGACGCUUGCAUCACGGGGAAGUCUCUUAAGAACCCUAACGGAGCAUCGUCAAGGAAGCCCCUACUGGAACAAAUCUUGCCUUGGCUACUACUGUUGCUGCUCGUUCCAGUGAUGUUGUGCACAGUCAAGGUUUUUUUGGUCACCUCUUUCUGCAAUACCUUGCUGCACAUGAGGCAGCAGCCUUAGUGGUAUAUUUUACUUUCCUUUUUUUUUUUCUUUUUUAGCUGCGCAUGUGAGGUGUGCAGUGUUUACUCCAUGUGCUUCCGCGCACUUGUUUGCUCAGCACUGUCCCUGAGUUGUAGCCAUACUUUCAUACGACAUCCUUCCUGUAGAAGACUUUUAUUAUAAUUCUUUUUUGUCGUGAGAACACAAAGCGAGCUUUGGAGUGAUGACUGUUUUGAACAAGUUUCAUGUACAAGUGUGUGUGUGUUGUGUGUGUGAUGCUUUUUUUUUCCGCAUGGUGGUUCUACAAGUGUAUGUGCGACCGGUAUGAAAAAAAAAGUAAACCUGUUACUUGAGAACAAAAUAAAAAUGAAUUGUUUCUUUA